AUGGGUCUUUACAACCGCCGUCACGACUCCUCCCCUAUCCCUUUCCCUCCCACAAUCUCCGUCCCUUCUCCGUACAACCACCGCCACACCCGCCAUGAAUCGUCUCCUUUACUUUCCAUUUCACCACCUCCACGACCACCUUCCCCUGACUGCACCAGAAAUAUCAAGCUGAACCGCCGUGACUCAUUGCCACCUUCUUUCCCUCCAAACUCCCCUCCCGCAACAACCUCCCAUUUCCGCCGUGACUCAUAUCCAGGUCCUUUUCCUACCCUCCCGUCACCUUCGUCUUCCACCGUUUUCGAACCUCCAUUACCUCUCUACCAUAAUCGACGUGAAUCAUGUCCAAAUCCAUUUCCUUUCCCUAUUUCGCCGAAUCAUGAAUCAACAGAUCUAUCUCUCCUUCCUUCAACGUCUUCCUCAAGAAAUCUCAACCACCGUCUCCUCAAGCGCAGACUAGAUAUUUGCAACAAAGAUAACUACCACGACAACAAUAACGGUCUCAUAUGGUUGUUUUACGAUAUCAAGUUUCUCGAUGACGAUGAUAUAAGAGAAACCGCGUACGAAGUUUUCUUCACCGCGUGCAGAUCUUCCCCCGGUUUCGGUGGCCGGAGUACACUCACAUUUUAUUCGAAACAUGAAAGCAGCGGCGUGGGAGGGAUGAACCCGAGUAAUCCGGUGGCACAGACAAGUAGGACGAAAAGAGCGCUUGGUUUGAAGAUUUUGAAAAGCUCUUUGUCUCAGAGAAUGGCGAUGAGAGGCAGUUGGAAAAUGUCGAUGUCAUCGCCUCCGUCGCCCGUGGCAGAAGGUAGCCCGCGCCAUCGGGUUUUUCCAAGGCGGAUAAUGACUAUGGCAGAAGUUAUGAGGCUACAGAUGGGAGUUUCGGAACAAAGUGAUAGCCGGUUGAGGAAAAACCUUAUGAGGACCCUUGUUGGUCAACUUGGUCGGCAAGCCGAAACUAUCAUCCUCCCUUUGGAACUCCUUCGACACCUCAAACCUUCCGAAUUCAGUAACCCUCAUGAGUACCAUUUGUGGCAAAAGCGGCAGCUCAAGAUCCUCGAAGCAGGGCUCCUCUUACACCCUUCAAUUCCGGUUGAAAAGACCAACACAUUCGCGAUGAAUCUCAAGGAAAUAAUUCGUAGCGGUGAACUCAAACCGAUAGACACGAGCAAGAACUCGGAAACAAUGAGAACCUUUAGCAACUCAGUGGUUUCCCUGUCGAUGAGAAGUCCAGACGGUGUUUCGACUAAUGUCUGCUAUUGGGCUAAUGGAUUUCCUGUCAAUGUUCACCUCUACACUUCCCUUCUUCAAUCCAUUUUUAAUCUCGAAGACGAAACAUUAUUCCCAGAUGAAGUCGACGAGUUACUCGAAUUAAUGAAGAAAACAUGGUCGACACUUGGGAUCAAUAGGCCGAUUCACAAUUUGUGCUUCGCGUGGACACUGUUUCAACAAUAUGUAGCAACUGGACAGAGAGAACCUGAGCUUCUUUGUGCCUCACACACUGUGUUCAAUGAAGUUGCAAAUGAUGCUAAGAAAGAAAAGGAAGCCUUGUAUGUUAAUAUGUUGAAAUCGGUACUCGAUUCGUUGCAGAGUUGGGCCGAUAAGAGGUUACUUAACUACCACGCAUAUUUCCAAGGAGAGUAUAUUCGACAAAUCGAAAACCUUCUUCCUGUGGUGUUGUUGGCAUCCAAAAUUUUAGGAGAUGUUACAAUAUCUGAUGGAGAUUGGCAAAACAAAGGAGAUUUCUCUGCCGAACGCGUUGAUGAUUAUAUCCGUUCAUCGUUCAAAAACGCAUUUGAAAUGAUAAUAGAAGCAGAAAAUGCAAAAUCCACUGAAUCUGAAACAAAGAAAGACAUAAGUGAAGUUAUGCUUGAUUUGGCUAAGGAUACUGAAGAUUUAGCGAUGAAGGAGAGACAAACUUACAACCCGAUUUUAAAGAAAUGGCACAUGAUAGCGGGGGCAGUUGCAGCAUUGACACUGAACAAUUGCUAUGGACAUGUGCUAAAGCAGUAUCUAAGUGAAAUGAUGAAAAAAAUAAUAGUUGAGUUAAUUUUAGUGCUGCAGAGGGCUAGUGUUGCACCCCAAAAUUUGCCCAACUUUUCUUUACCUAGCUUGUGUUUCAUUUCAUUCACAUUAGCAUUAUCAUUUGCAUUUCAUUGA